CAUACCCGAUAGAUAAAACAGGCGAAUCGUAUCUUUUCGCUCGUAGGCCCCAUACCGCCGAUAAUUUAGGCCUUAAUCCUGUGAAUAUGGCUGCGCUGGUCCAAACGUAUCCUCAGCAAAGUGGAACAGUGACAUUGCUUCAGACCAGACCCAGCUCAGCUUCGGGAAUCAUGGCACCACCGUCAGGAACACAGCCUAACCAGGCGUACAUGAACAGUAAUCAAAGGAACAGUUAUCACGGCUUGUCUGGUAAUGUUGGAGGUGGACCGACUGUCUAUCGUGGCAACACGUCAGCCCCGGUCCAACCAUAUGCCUUCACGGCUACACCGAAUCUGGCUAAUGGUGGACAAUGGCAACAACAACAAUACGGGGCCUACCGUUCAUCACCAGGUGUACAAACUAUGCAGAUGGAUCCGAAUGCUGCACAACGCUCUCGCUAUGCCACAAACUCGUCCGGGAACAACGCCAAUGGUCUAGUGAAUACGCCUGCAGGAAUUUCAUCAGAUGAUUCUCGAAUCAUGUCCUCGUCUGGAUCUCGACCUCAGUUGGCUGUGAAUACUUCGUCUCAACCGACUUUUGCGCAGGUUGCUGCUGCGAAAGCAACGCCUGAGCGAUAUAGGCGACCAUCUCCUAGGUAUACAGAUUCAUCUCCUAGUGUCAUGCAGACACCGCAACCGCAGGGUUCAGCCAUGCCAUCAGGCUCUGGUAUGGCUACUGUCGUCCAUCUUUAUAAUCCCAGAGCUAUGCCAGAUCGAAAAGCAGGGAUGCCUAGAAAUACCGGAGCCCUUGCCAGUAGACCUCACAGCGCUUAUGGUGCAAUGGCUGGUGUGGCGAUGGAUGAUAUGCAUCUGUACCGACAUCCUACCGAAGAAGAAGCUAAGAGAUUUCGGCGGCGUAGUAUACACUCAAUCAAUUCUUCCGAUUAUCCCAACCCCCUGACCCCGCAGGAUUUCAAGCAAGCGGAGGAAUCAUUCCGCCUAGAAGCGCUAGCCGCGUCGAGGAAGCAGGGUAGCUUAGAUAAGGAACUGAAAAAUGUUGCUCGGGGUGGUUCCAAUCUUUCUCCCAGCGGUCCCGUAGAGAAGAACAAGAUGCAUGCCAUUAAUGGCAGUUCAGAAAGUCUUGUUUCUAGCGGGAGCAGUAAUUCUAGACCAUCUUCGUCUGCCAAUCGAAACCCGAAUGCAUUUGCCCCCACGGGCAGCCCCGCCUCAACCUCCACUUCUACAGACAAGAAGUCUGGCCAAGAUCAAUCCAAGCCGGUAACCAUACCGCCUCGCGGCUCAUCAACUGAUGUCGGCAAACGAACUAUUAAUCCAUCCCCUUUGUCGAAGCCGGCAACUAUGGCUCCCGAGUCUUCUUCCGAUGACUCGGCAACGCCCGCUAAUGCGGCGGAGUCGGCUCCAACUAAAGCUUCAGCGGCAUCUUCUAGUCUGGCCGAUAGUCCCGCGGCUAAAAGGCUCGCUGCGAUUAAUGAGAAGGGUGGAAAGUCAAAGAGUAAGUCGUCGCGACUUAGACGGGCUUUCUCUUUUGGAAGCGCCGCCGAGCUCAGGAAGGUUACUGGACAAGAUGUAUCUCCUGACCCGGUCAAAAUGUCGCAAAAUGAACCCACGAGAUUGCACAAGGAUCCUAGGCCCGAAGACCUUUACGAAGAAGAACAGGCUCGAAUUGCGCAGAGACAAGAAGAGAGUGGAAUCGGAAGCAGCAUUUACUCGGGCACCAAGCUAUUUGCAGGAUCGACUGAUAACCUAUCAAUCUCCUCCACGGCUUCUUCGGCCUCGAUUAUGCUCCGUAAGAUGGGACGUGGGAUGAAGAAAGGUGGUAGAUCGUUGGUUGGAUUAUUCCGACCCAAAUCAAUUGUUGGUGGCCCUAACGAGGACCUCAAAGCCCCCGAAGCUUCUCAAGCUACUGUAUCGAUGGUCACAGUCGAAGCGGAACGCGAAAGGGUCAAUGUCAACGCCAACCCCCAUUCCCAACAGGCUGGUGGUACCGGCUUUCCUCAUCUGGAGAACAAUUCGGUGGAUGCACCUGUAGUGGAAGGAUUGCCCACUGAUCGUCUAGGAAGUUCGGGUACUGAUAACUCGGGCGCAAGGAAGAGCAUUGUUGGUGGUGAGAAGGAAAGAGCUGAGGUGCUUGCGACAAUCCGAAAGGGAAUUUUGAAGACUCGCAGCAAUUCCCCAAGCCCAUCCCCGCGUGGAAACGAAACCAGAGGCCCGACUUUUGAACUCCCCACGAUUCCCAAUAUUUCCAACUCUCCUAGCUCUAGCGCCCCUAGCACCCCGAAUGAGGAAGUCCAAGGUCACAAGCGAAGCGAAUCCGUUGCUAUCGGUAGUGAAGACUACUUCGUUUCGGCACUUCGCCUUCGUCAAGACACUAAGAGCGCUCCAACAACACCUCAAGGUACCUCCGGCAAACGAUCUGCUACCUUCAGCCCUCGAAUUGUCUUUUACGACACAUGGCCGAGUGGAGAAUAUGAUCGCCGUGGCGAAAUCGCAACAUGCAACCGCCUCACGCCGAUGUUGGCCCAACAAAUCAAGGAGGAAUUGAACACCUUUAAGAUGGAGAUGGAAGUCCAUGAAACGUCCAAGAUUUAUACGCACUUUUUCUAAUCACGAUGACAAGCGCUACACUACGAAAUCUUACAGCAAAAAUGAUUCCAUUCUCGAUUAAAGGCCCGUAGACCUGCAAUCAUGUAUUUGACACCGUUAGAGUCCAUGGCGUUUGCACACGGUCAGCAUAGUAAGGUGUCACGGCGUUUUCGAAUUUAAAAUUAUCUUGCUAUUUUUUUCCCGAGCACAAAAAGUAUUCCUGAUCGUUGUUAUAAUAUCCAACACUACCGGUGAUAAUAGGGACCGCGGUGGCUCUAUUACGGACAUCCAUGACCUUUGUCAAACAUUUGCAGCCGGCAACCAAUCCGGAUCACAGUUCCGUUCGCCCUUAAAAUCAGUCCACAACUUUUACGGUCUUGUUAAUAGGGGAUGUGUUAUACACACGUACGAAAAUACUUGGUCUGGUGUGUCGAGAGGGAAACACUGUCACUGGGCGGAUAUGUCUUGGCUUUCCACUACGCUUCCCUUCCCUUUUUCUCGUGUUCCUUGGACAGCAGGGAAUGUCACAGCACUAAGGGUUAGCACGUGAAGAUUGGGGAGAAAAAGGCCGAAUCGGUCGGGAAAAGUCAUACAAAUCCCGC